CAGCAGAUUCUCUCCUCGUCCGCUCUCGCCCUCCCGCCGCAGGACCUGAAUAAGCCACUUCCCCGGGAACCAAGGCCUGGGUGUGGGGUGCGCUUGUGGCCUCUGCGCUCUCUCAGGUGACAGGGCCGGGACACUGAGGGGCGGGGCUCCCACCAUCUGAGACCCGUGUGCUCCUGUGUUAGGUUCCUGAGUGUGUGCCCAGUAGCGUCAGAAUUGGCUGCUGCAGCCCGGGUCACGGCAUGAAGACACUGGUCCCCUGUCCAGGGAACCCCAGUGCGGACGGUCAGGCCGCAGAGACCCCCACGUUGUGCUGACAACAGUCGACUGCUGGCCACUGAGGCUGUUGAAGCUUAUCACACGACCGUGUAACUGGUGGAGCACAGGCACCCAAAAGGCACAAAGUCACCGCCGAGCCAAGCAAGUGUGUGUGCGGUGAAGAGGGAGGGAGGCCGGCUUCACGUCCAGAGUGUGUUCUAGACAGAGGGACCCCGCUCUCCUCUGCAGGGUGGGGACCAUGGUCCUCCAGCUGGGCCGGUCCCCACCGGGCUGAGUGCUUGGCCUGGUGGCCCUGUUUCCGGCUCCAGAUGUCGCAUGCUGGCAUUCCGCAUCGUCGCCCGAGUGACCCUAGCCUGGCCACUGGCAGCCGGCUCCUGGUGCCACCUUUCCCAAAACCGGGCCUCAGAUUCAGAAUUUGAAAAACUGACUUUUUUUUUCCUGGCUUCAGCCACAGACAUUUCCCUCUCACAGCCCUGCAGCGCGGGAAGUGCAAGGCCAAGGCAGAUCCAGCUCCCGGCCGGGGCCUCCACGGCGUGCAGGGCCUUUCCUGGGAGUGUCCGACCCUCACUUGUCUCCCGGGUCCCCCCAGACCACACAGAGGCCUCCUCCCUCAUCACAGGGGACGGGGGAUGUGCCAGGUGACGGCACCUACUGCAUGGGGACAGCCCUCAGGCCCGUCCCCAGUGUGAAAGCCCCGUACACGAAGCCGACAGAGGAAGUCACAUCAGGGGGCAUCCGGCCUUCCUGGGCUGCUUAGGCACCAAGUGAUGCAGUUUGGACUGUGUUUGCCAGGGACGGGGACAGUGUCCGUGUGUCAGGCGGCCCUGUCCACCCAGUGACCCCAGAGGCACCAGACACCCUGUGAGGACCGAAGCCCUCACUUAGCGUUUUGCUGUCCUCCCUGCGCACAAGACGCUCACUCCAAGUGGCCGUCCACAAACACGGAGAAAGUGUGUCGGCCUUAGAAGAGCCUAUUCUCCGCCCCCCGGGCCUGCCGUGCAGCCCGGCCACGCAGGUUGCCGCUGUGCUUGCACUUCCCCGCCACGCUGAGCGUGACGUGGUGGGGGUGGACUCCCCGGGAAGGAGGGCCGAAGGGCCGCUGUGCAGCUGCUGGUCUCCAUGCCAAACACCAGAAGCAGAUGACCUGGUGUGUGUUCCGCUUGACCCCAGACCCGCGACAGGAGGCGGAGCAAACAGACCGCACCUCGGAGAGCUGCCCUUUAACCCUGGGUCCAGCAAGGGGGCCUCACGGGCCACAGGAAGCUCCCGUGGACAGUCUCGUGCCACUGGACCCUUCCGAGUUCAGAAGCAAAUUAGGAAACAGCUAAUGUCGCUGACUCUGAUGAAUCUCAGAAAAGGUGAAGUUCUGUAGGAAGCCAUGCAAAACGCUCCCUGGGCCUGUCCAAGGAAAGGACGACGGCGGCUGGGAGACAGGUCAUGCCCGUGCCUCCGCCGGCUCGGCUGGUGUGUGGCCUCCAGCAGGAGGGACACCCCGGGCUCUGCGGGCGGCUCAGCAGCCCCACCCCGCACAGCAGGGAGGCCUGGUCCGGUGGCGCUGGACAAGCCCUGGGCAGCCCCAGGUGCAGUGGGCAUGCUGGCUCCCACAGGGACAGGGCUGUGGGACAGUGACUGUGGCCAGGCCAAAGCUCUAAGAUGGCGACUGCAUGUCCUGGGCACUGGUGACCCCGCAGCCAUGGGACGGCCUCUUGUCGAGCUCGGCUCCAGAGCAGGCGCGGUGCUCACGGAGCUGCCUGCCUGCCGUGUGGGCAGCUGCGGCGGAGGCGGGGCCUCCCGUCCUGGCAGGUGCAGGGCCAGCAGGUGCCUGUGCCUCUCCGGGGGGCACAGUGGUGGGAACCGAGGUGCAGCUGCAGCUGUGCUGGGUGUCACACAUGGAGGCCACGCUCCAGGUCAGGCAUCGGAAGCCACCCACGAGGACACAGGACGCGUGUGGCCACAGGAGGCUGGCCUGGUGGCUGGCUCCGCCCCCCCGGGCCCCAGCCUCCCAGAAGAGGGACGGGCCGUCCCCCCGACUCCUGGGGUGCAGAUGGACGUUUGUGCGCAGCUCGCAGUGCAGUCGGUGAAACUGCAGCCAGAUUUCGAAACCAACGGGGCACCGGGGCAACGGGGACUGGUUCCUGCGUGAUCGGAGAGGUUAAAGGACAGAGGUCAACCAACCCUGGGCCUGCGGUCACAGUCCUACUUGGGACCCGACAAUCAGCAGGUCUCUGCGUGUCGGCCCCCACAGGGGAUGGGCCCAGCACAGGGGAGCACCUGCCUUCAGCCGCGGUCCCCGACCUGGUCUCAGGAGAAGGCCGGCUGCCCCUGCAAGAUGCUUGUGUGCGUCCCAGCCUUUCCGCCCGCCGGCGUGCACUCUCAGGCCGGCGUGCACCGCGGGCCCCUGGCCGUGUGGAUAGCCUGCCUCCCCGGGGGGAGACCAGAGAACUCUGCUUCGUGGGCCACGCCCAGAUCUCUGGGGCCGUGGGGUCCCCUGCCUCGUGGCGAACCAUCGGGACUCCAGAAGCAGGAAGAUCACACAUGCUAGUGACCGCUGCCUGGAAGACCGGUCAGCCCCAGUGCUGCUUAUGGCCUGUGUCCCGCUCUGCCCGCAUGUUGGCGGUGCACCGGGCCCCUCGGGGGCCCCCCACCACCCUGUGGCCAGCAGCCUGCGCUGACCAGGGACGCCAGCUGCUUCGGCUCGUGCCAUAGGUGGCGGUCCCCGGGAGACAGCCAUGUUGGUCUCCUGCGGCUGUGUCCCAGCCUCCGCAUGCUGAGCAGCUCACCGCACCCCCCCAUCGCCGUGGGGCACCCUCCGCUGGGGGGUGGGGGCGCCCCGGGUGGAGUCUGUGUCAGCAGACCACCCUCUCAGCGGGGUGGUCUCUGCAGGGCGUGGUCCCUGUCCUCCUUGGGGGGUAGUUAGGGCUGCCCUCGGGGUCUGGCCGAGCGGUCCCCUCUGGAGGCCCCUUCCCAGCAGGGCUUGCAAGGCAGGCGGAGCUGCCUCCGGUCCACUCUGACGGGGACCCUGAAUCGUGGUGUGACACCCGAAGCACUGUCCCACCAUGGUCACCACUCCUGCCAACACUCAAGGAGGCCCACAGUGUGUGGACACAGCAGCUGGAGCCCCAGGGAGCGUCUGAAAUCUGUGUCCGGCGCCUGGUACUCAGACGGCUGUUUCCCUUGAAUGCCCUGUGAAUCCCGAUGGACCAGUCGGCACUGACCAGCCAGGCAUUUCCUGCACCUCCGGGCUGAAUCCCCCGCCAGGCCCAGGCCGGCUCCUCCCCGUGGCCUGCACUGGCCCCCCCUCACCUGGGAGGCGGCUUCCCUGGCCAUCACUUGUGGGUGUCUCUCCCGGAGAGGCCACUGCUGUCCCUCAAGGAAGGAGCCCCCGCUGCAGCCCCGUGAUGGCACCGCUCCUGGUGUGCAGGACGACCCUGAGGUGCCACUGUGCUGCUGUCCUCAGGGCCACCUGGGUCGGUGCCGGCAGGCAGCUCCGUGGUGUCCGAGUCCGCAGUGAGCUGGCCGGCCGGGGCCCCGGCCGUGCUGCGCUGCCAGAGCCCGCGCAUGGUCUGGACGCAAGACCGGCUGCAUGACCGCCAGCGCGUGGUCCACUGGGACCUCAGUGGUGGCCCGGGCGGGCGCCCCGCGCACCGGCUGGUGGACAUGUACUCGGCAGGGGAGCAGCGUGUGUACGAGCCCAGGGACCUCGGCCGCCUCCUGCUGUCGCCCUCCGCCUUCCACGACGGCAACUUCUCGCUGCUCAUCCGCGCGGCGCAGGAAACGGACCAGGGGCUCUACACCUGCAACCUGCACCACCACUACUGCCACCUCUACGAGAGCCUGGCCGUCCGCCUGCGCGUCACUGACGACCCCCGGGAAGUCGGUGCGCACUGGGACGGUGAGAAGGAGGUGCUGGUGGUGGAGCUCGGCGCGCCCGCGCUUCUGACUUGCGUGAACCGCGCGCACGUGUGGACCGAUUGGCACCUGGAGGAAGCGCAGCAGGUGGUGCACUGGGACCGGCAGCCGCCCGGGGUCCCACACGACCGCGCCGACCGACUGCUCGACCUGUACGCGUCAGGCGAGCGCCGCGCCUACGGGCCACCCUUCCUGCGCGACCGCGUGGCAGUGGAGGAGGACGCCUUUGCGCGCGGCGACUUCUCCCUGCGCAUCGCCCCGCUGGAGCCGGCCGACGAGGGCACCUACUCCUGCCACCUGCACCACCACUACUGCGGCCUCCACGAGCGCCGCAUCUUCCACCUGAAAGUGACCGAGCCCCCCGCCGCCGCCCCCGCCGAGCCGCCCCCGCGGGACUCGCCGGGCAACGGCUCCAGCCACAGCAGCGCCCCCGCGCCAGAUCCCACGCUGGCGCGAGGCCGCAGCGUUAUCAACGUCAUCGUCCCCGAGAGCCGGGCCCACUUCUUCCAACAGCUGGGCUACGUGCUGGCCACGCUGCUGCUCUUCAUCCUGCUGCUCAUCACUGUUGUCCUGGCCGCGCGUCACCGCCGCCGCGGAGGUUAUGAGUACUCGGCCGGGAAGUCAAAGAGGAAAGACGUGAACAUGGCGGAGUUCGCUGUGGCCGGCGGGGACCAGGCAUUUUACAGGACGGAGGAUAUCCAACUAGAUUACAAAAACAACCUCCUGAAGGAGAGGGCGGAGCUGGCUCACUGCCCUCUGCCCGCCAAGCACAUCGACUUGGACAAAGAGUUCAGGAAGGAAUACUGCAAGUGAGGUGAUCAAGCUCCUGGCCAGCCAGUACAUCCUCCUGACUGACCCUGUCCAGCUCGUGUGGCCCCCCCGCAGCGGCUGGUCCCGCUGUCCUGGAACUUGGAGUGGGUUGGUGCAGAGCGAGGCUACAGCCAGAGCCCUCUCCUGGGAGCUGCCCCACCCCAGCAAGCAGCAGUGGGUUCUGUGGGCCCUGGGGACUCUGAGGCCCAGUCCUCAGGGGCUGGCUGCAGGGCCUCACUGCUGGCCCUGCCCCCUGGGCACCUGAUGCCCUCACUGAUGUUCACCAAGCCCUCAGGCUCUUCAAACCCUGGUCUCUGGGCAGCCGCAGCCGAGCAGGGGCAGGGCAGGGGCAGGGGCAGGGCGGCAAGACACCCUGCAGGGGGGCUCAGCAGGGACUCAGGAACUGGGGUCGGCUUCUGGGCGUCUCCAAGCCUUCCUGCGGGGAGCUGCCUGCUGGCUCCCAGUCUGCACUGUGGUCCUCCGGCCAGGCUGCCAUUGGCUGCACUUGGGGACCUGAGGAUGGCACCCCCCCAGCGGGGGGCUGGUGCCCCUCUGUGCCGCCUCAGGCCCCCAGGGGCCGCCUCCCUGGGCCCUUUCUCUGCUUCCCAGCCUGCUCUGGCCUCCUUCCCCAUAAGCUGCCUUGACAGUCUCUGGGCUCCAGGAGACUUCUGGUCCCUCCCUGGGCUGGAGUCUUGGGGCCGCGUAUCAUUUGGCUUCUGUUUUGACAGGGGAGGGGUGAAAGCAGUUUUAGAGCAGCCUGUGGGGCCACUCCCGACACCCACAUUCACUCCUCCUGGGAAAUCGCCACCAUCACAAUAAAGACCCUAUCAGAUUCUUA